UCCCCCUUAAUAUUUCGGAUAACUGAAGCAUUAGUGGCGACGGUGUCUGCCAACUUGAUGGGGGAUGCAUGCACUCUGGAGGGCAGGCGGGUACAGGACAGACUCGUUCGCUUUUUCGCGAGUCGAGUUUCGGUACUUGUGACCGGGAAAAGCACUUGAGUCUCUAAAGCACCAGGAUCCAAUGUUUGACCUUCUGCAAAAAAGGUUUCCUCCUCUGAAGAAAGCGUAGAAAGUGUGCCGGUAAGCUUGGCACGGAAAGUCCCUCGGACACAGCAGCGCGCUAAGCUCGAAGCCUGCUCUGCGUGGCUGAAAGCGUGCUAACUCUGCGCUGCCCCACUUGUGGUCCCAUGCCACAGAGGAAACCAAGAAUUCCCUUUUUGAAUAUGACGGAAGGUCGUGUGUUCCCAUGAUGCUACUAUUCGUGACGGAAUUAGUGUAAGGAAGUCCGAGCGGACUCAGUUCCCAGCUCCGUCUUCCGUAUGGAUCGCCCGCGAAAACCGAUACCAGUUUAAGCCAGAAACCUUUAUGUGGAGCAGAAAGUCAAAGGGCCGAGGUAGGACGGGCUGGCGCAAAUGGAGGGACGCUGUGAGGGUGAGAAGGACUGGCACUUGUCCAGCGACACCCUGGAGUCGGAAAAUGGAGCAGAGUCCAGCAAGGUAUCCCGACAGUCUCCGCAUCUCGAUGGACUGGCAUCCAGUGUCUGCGAGCUUGUCGUUGUGCGCCAUGGCCUGACGGACUACAACAAAAUCCACCGGCUUCAGGGUCAGCUUGACAUUCCGCUGAACGAGGAAGGACGAGAGCAGUGUAGAAUUUGUGGCGUGGAAGUCAAGACAAUCUACGGGAACCCAGCUACCGGAGAAGUGGCUAUUGACAUGGUGUAUGCGAGCCCAUUGAGCCGAACUGCGGAAUCAGCGGAAAUAAUAUGCAAGGAGGGGGGCAUUCCUCUGUCACGAGUUCGUCACGAUCCGAGAAUUAUGGAGUGGAACGCAGGCAUCUUGCAAGGUUCUCUACUCUCCGACAUACAAAACAAGUUUCCGGUGGAGUGGGCAAUGUGGCGUAAGAAUCGGAACCCAGAUUUCGUUUUUCCCGGCGGGGAGAGCCUGAGAAUGAGAUUCAACAGAGUCGCGUCAUUCUUCUCAGAAAUCGUCCGAAAGCACCAGGGCGAACGAGUUCUCGUUGUCACCCAUGGUGGUGUUUUAGAUGAACUAUUUCGGAUUAUCAGGAAAGUGCCUCUGAGUGCUUCGACCAAUGCGCCGAAGCUCAAUGCCGCUCUGCACGUGGUGCGCGCAACGCUGGUGGCGAGAACGCCAAACGCAACUGGGGAAGGUUUAGAUCCUACCAAGUUGGAGCCGACUUUUGCUCCCUCGGAUAGGCUUCCCGAUUAUGCAGACCCUGUGCAAUGGACGAUUGUUCGCUGGGGCAAGGUUACGGACCUUAAAAAGAUACUUGAGGUUGACCGCGGGAAACAAGUACCAGCAACGAUUGAAUACGUGUAGA